GUGCGUGGCGGUGGCGGGACGUGUGGCGGCGCGGGGCAGGUGGGAGCGGGUGCUGUGCCGCUCAGUAAUGGCAGUCGCAAGGAGACACCCGUCGCUACUAGAGCCACUCACUGCCGCUACCGCCGCCGCCGCCGCCGCAGUUGGGGAGCCUCAACGCGCGGCAACACACGUGGGCCGAGCCGCUGCACCCGCGCCGCGAAGCCUUGUCGCUGCUGGGGACGAGAGACGAGGUGGUGUUGAGAAAGUGAUCGAAUUGCGCCUCCCUGUGUUGCAGCGUGAGGCGUUCCAGUGUGUCUGCGUGGGUGUAUCUGUGUGUAUGUGUGUGGGUGUGUCGUGCGGGCAGCCGUGGCGCAGCAGGGAGUGCAUGCCCCGGCGUGCGAAUCUUCAAGGAACCUGAUAACUGAGGUGUGAGUUCUGCAUCGUGUUCAGUGUCACCUAAGUAAGCAUUUGUGUGAUAUAAACCCCGCGCUGUUCAAGCCAUCACUCUGGUUAGACCUUGGAGAGAGAGGAGGCGACGGCAAAAUAGAAACUCACAAGGCUGAACAUUUUCAUAGUGGUUAAGGUGAGGUCCCGCUGUGAUUACGGGGAUGAUGAACUACAGCAGGUGAGGGUGACGUGGACUGCCUGCUGGAGUGUGGCAGGGGAAGAAACUGUUAGGUGGUCAGCAAAACACUCCUCGCCACGUAAUGGUUCGCCUGCAGCCUCGUAUCCUUGCUUAAUACCAACAACACAUCAAGGAAUAUUAGGCAAGGAGGCGGCGGCGCAAACGGGUUCUGGCGAGCGGCAGAAAACAAAAGACGUGAGAGAAGAGGAGAAGCAACAACAUUUCCUCGCCGAGUGAUAAGGAAACCCGACCCGCCUGAAAUGUCGAAGCAAAUUACUAACUGACAACCGACUGCAGGCUCUCCAACAGGAAAGGUGAGAAAAGGGGGCGUGGCAGAGGACUUCUGGUGAUAUGAGGGGGCGGUGUUAACAUUGGCCGCGGUCUAGGGGGGUGACCAAGGGGGAGGAGGAGGAGGAGGAGAGGAGGAGGAGGGUGAAGAAAAGAGAGGUGAGGGGGCCGGGGGAGGGAGCGCGGCGGGCCUGCCUGACUCACUCAUCACAUAUCCUUCACGGGUCUCCAGGUGUGUUAUGAGAGCGUCAUUUGGGCCUUCGCGUCUCCGUGGACUCGACAAGGGACGUCCAUAGUGCGUGUGGCGGUGCGUCGCCUGGGGUGCCGAGCUGCAGUUUCUAGACCUAAUUGGCGGUGUGUCCUCUGAUUGUGGGACUCCAGACGGUGAAAUUCAGGAAACGGAGCAUUCUGAUGAUCUCUCAUUUCUACACCGGCGCGAAACAAAGCGAGGCAGCGGCUCGUCUAUUUGCCUAACUCGCGAACGUUCGGACAACAUGACAGUGGCCAUGGCUUCCACUAAGGCGGAUGUGCAAGACGGGGACCUCUUAGUGCAAAUGAGACACGCAUUACCCAAGGAAGACGGAGACGCGGCCACCGAUGCCAAGAAACACUCGGUGGCGGGCAGCAGUGAUGACGAGGACACUGCACUGCGAGAGGAGGGCACAGAGGGCGGCGAGAGGCGACCAAAAGACACCGUGGACACUGAACCCACGGAUCUAACAGUUAAGAAGCAAAGCAACAACAACAACAACAACAACAACAACAACAACAACGUCAACAAGAACCACCUGGGGGCGACCUUGCUGGCGGCGAGGGGCGUGAGCAGUCCAUCCUCCUUCGCCAACACCAGCCUUCCCGCCUCCCUCGCCGUCAGGAGCUCCUUCUCCAUCACCAACCUCCUGAGGCCCAAGAGCGUGAUGGGAGAGGCGCGGGCGGAGGACCUGAGCCCGGCUAGGAGGAGGAGAAGCACGUCCCCCCUCCCUGAAGUGACCAUCACGCCCCACCACGCCCUCCCGCACCCCCUCCACGUUCCAACCAAGAGGAAAAUCGAAGAGGUGGAGCACGAUAUUGAUAAUGAGGACGAGGACGACUGCGAUGAGGAUGACGAGGAGGAGGAAGACAGCAGAGGAAGGGCGCUGCGGAUGAGGGAGGCGCUGCUCAACGGAGACAAGAUAGGGUGCUCCUCUCCCCGCUCCCCGGAUGCCCCGCUAAGGAACAAGAAGCAGCGGAAGGCGCGCACGGCCUUCACCGACCACCAGCUGCAGACGCUGGAGAAGAGCUUCGAGCGGCAGAAGUACCUGAGUGUGCAGGACCGCAUGGAGUUGGCGGCCAAGCUCAACCUGACCGACACGCAGGUCAAGACCUGGUACCAGAACAGACGGACAAAAUGGAAAAGACAAACAGCUGUUGGUCUUGAGUUCCUUGCGGAGGGUGGCUAUGGGCGGCUAAUGAGCGGAUACUGGCCCUACGCGACGCCGCCCUCACUUGCCACGCCCUCACAUCCAUCCCACCUCUCUGCCGUGGGCGCCCUCUCCUCCAUGGCCGCCCUAUCUUCUUCUAUGGACCUUUAUUACAGACAUGCUCAGCUGGCGGCUCUCAGCAGGACGGCAGCGGCAGUGACCCCCGCCUCCACGCCCACACUAGAGGGCACGCCUUCCCUGCCGGCCCUCACCACCGUGGGCGCCACCAGCAGUUCCUCUCCGCCCACACUCGUCGCACCCAGAGUCCUCUAUCCACACACGCCCACGCAAGCCGCCCUCGCACACUAUUUCAAACAGUAACACACACACACACACACACACACACACACAGAGAAAGGAUCCUCAGGGGAACUGCUGACGAAGGAUAUCAUGUCCUCGUGUCCCGCUCCUCUAGACAAACCUAACGGGCAUCAUCCUCACCCCGUCACCAGCAGGAGGAGGAGCAGCGCCGCCCGGAAGCAGGUGGGGCGGGUCUGGGCGUGGCGUGUACAUCAGGUGAUCGCAAACCUAACUGCCUGCCUCCUCGUCGCCAAUUUCCUGACGAAUCUAUAAGUGUCGUUGCAAGCGGUCAUUACGGACGCGACUCUCACUCCACCGUUUUUAAGACAUGACCGCCAUCUGUUGCGUCCCCGUAGAAAGUCACAAAGGAACUGAAGCGACGCCAGCCACACCAGGCCACACCAAGCCACGCCAAGCCACGCCAAGACACGCCAAUCAAGCCACGUUCUUCCACGCAACGUUAUGCCUUAAGGAACUACGAGUGAUUGAAAGGCUAUGCAGGAAAGUUUGGUAUGGAAUAAAGACUUGGAAAAACGUGCGCAAAAAGGAUGAAGUGAGUCAAGAGUGUAUUAUAUUUCCGCCAUUAAUGAACGUUUUUGAAUAGAGCGAAACGUUUAUGGUGUGAUGCAAACGUUUGAACUUUUCUACCGCAGAUGAGGUAAAUAUGAGAACCGUAGCUAGAGAAUAACUUAGAAUACAUAAAAAAAGACAAUGAAGCUCCUACCGUGUGAAAAUUGGCAACAAAAAAAAAGGAAAAAGAAAACGAAGUGCGUCUCGGUGAUUUGCGCAAAGAAACCUCUCGCGUUCGUGGAAGUGUGAAUCCAAACACGCACCUGCGCACUACACAAUUCACUCAAGGAGGAGGUUUCACUCGCGUGCCUGAGAACUUUACAGGAGACAAAGGUGCGUUCAAUCAUUUCGCAAGACACCGGCAGGGGAGAAGCAUCCUGUCGAACCUCGAAACUUUUGUGAUGAGAAAGUACAGAUAGUUUCCUGCAGGGCGUCCUAAACCCUUCCCCUCCCUGACCCUUCCCCACCCCUCCCUGCCCUUCUCCUUUCCCCGCCCCGCCCCGGAAACGACCUAAAUACUAUUACAGGACUCCAAGGGCGCGACAUCCCCACCCUCCCCCAAUCAUCCUUUCUUCGCCCCGCCACCGCUAUUCGCGCCCCACUAAGGUGACUACAGCCCUCGUGACUCAGCAAGGAGGAGUCAGGAGUCACGGUACUGGGCUGCUUUCCUCUCACAGGUGACUCCCACAGGUGUGCUCAAGGUGUGAUUUGUGGGGCUCCCUAAUUCUUGAAAAAUGUUCCUCCCAGGUUCACUCACUCCCGUUACUGUGAAAUGAAUAACAACGCUAUUUUUUCCCCCUGCGGUUCAAUAAUUUUCUUUUCUUUUUUUUUCUUUUUCCUUCCGUCUUUCUUUUUUUUUCGUGGCGUUUCAUCGAAGGUUCAUUUUGACCUUUCAGAUUCCGAGGCAGACCACACCAGGAAGCUUGUUUUGUUAGUUAAUUUUCAGCCUGCAAAAAUUUCAAGCACAAAUUACAUGUCUAUCUAUAUAUUUUUCCUCCUUUUUUUUUUACUUACGAUUGUAUCCAUGAUUUCCUUGUUAACUCGUCUGGGUAAAGUCAACACAGAAAAAUAGAGACAAAAUAACAAGUCAAUAAAUAAUUUCAAAACGGAUAAAAACACCAGUAAAUAAAAAAAACAUCGAUUUAUGAAAAACAAAACGCGCCUGAAUCUUUUAACCCCUUCAGUACCAGAACGCGUUUCCAUAUUUAUUUUGGUUACUAUUUGGCGAUUUUACACAGUUACAA